AGGUGGAGCAGUUGCAAAAACCAGGGACACAGCUGCGACCUCUCCCCGGCGUGAACCGAGUAGUGGAGGGGCUCUUGGCACCUUCCCAGCCUGCGCCCAGAUGCUGCGCGCCCUGACCAGCGCCCUGCGCCUUCCAGGCCCCUGGAGACCCCUUCGCACCCGUGGCUGCGCCUCCCAUGGAGCUACUGGGGACCCGGAGAUCCAAGUGCGCGCCCUGACCGGCGGAGACCAAGGAAUCACUGAGAUUCUGAUGAACAGACCGAGUGCCCGCAAUGCUUUGGGGAACGUCUUGGUCAGCCAGCUGCUGGAAGCUCUGGCCCAGCUGCAGGAGGACCAGCAAGUGCGUGUUCUGCUCUUCAGAAGUGGAGUGAAGGGUGUGUUCUGUGCAGGUGCAGACCUGAAGGAGCGGGAGCAGAUGAGUGAGGCAGAAGUGGGGAUCUUUGUCCAGCGGCUUCGAGGCCUGAUGAAUGAGAUUGCAGCCUUCCCUGCGCCCACGAUUGCAGCUAUGGACGGGUUUGCCUUGGGUGGAGGCCUGGAACUUGCCCUGGCCUGUGACCUCCGAGUGGCAGCAGCUUCCUCAGCCGUCAUGGGACUGAUCGAGACCACCCGAGGGCUCCUCCCUGGAGCAGGAGGGACUCAGAGGCUGCCUCGAUGCCUGGGAGUGGCCCUGGCAAAGGAGCUCAUCUUCACAGGCCGAAGACUGAGUGGUGCACAGGCCCAAGCCCUGGGGCUGGUGAAUCACGCUGUUUCCCAGAAUGAGGAGGGCAACGCCGCCUACCAUCGGGCACUGGAAUUGGCCCAGGAGAUCCUGCCCCAGGCACCCAUUGCUGUGCGGCUAGGCAAAGUAGCCAUUGAUAGAGGAAUGGAGGUGGACAUCGCAUCAGGGAUGGCCAUUGAAGGCAUAUGCUAUGCCCAGAACAUCCCCACCCAGGACCGCCUGGAGGGCAUGGCAGCCUUCAGGGAGAAGCGGCCCCCCAGAUUUGUUGGCAAGUGACUCCCAUUUAACUAUAAGUAUGGGAGAUGCCUGCUUCCAGGGCAGGAUCCAGAAGGAAAAUUUGCAGAGUGACUGUUCAUCAUUUCACCUCUCCGGGCUUCAGUCUCCUCACAAGGACAAGGAUAGAUAUAAAACAA